AUGGAUAAUCUUUUUACAAUAAAUAUAAAUCCAGACGAAAAUGUUCGCCUAAAUACAAGUACAGAAAAAAAUCAGUUUUGGAAUUUCGAGGGGGAUAGGGAGGGACUUACAGUGCCCCCAGAUGAGGAAUACGACGAAAACAACGGAAGCAACACCAAUAAGAACGACAACAAUCAUAACCACUGUAGCUUCGAAGAAGAUGAAGUCAUAACACUGGAAAUGGACCAAAUCAGCACAAACGAUAGUUUCGAUAUGCUGGAAGAAUUAAACGAAAAUGAAAUUAACGACUAUGAAAAUAUGAGGAAGAAAAUUCGAGCCCAUAUUUUGACCAGUUUUCAAAACGAUAAUAUUUUAAUCGAGGACUCCGAACAUUUGGAACCAAAUUCUUUUAAGGAGCAUAAAUUGGAAAGGAAAGAAAAGAAAUUACUGAAAUUGAGGAAAGAUAAAAUUUAUCUCAUCAUUUCAUCUGCCUCUCAGGAGAGAAACAAAAAGAGUAGGCAAAAUGAGGCCAACAUCAGAUAUUACUAUGACCCAAAUCUGGUUGGCGAAGAUCCACCGGGGGAUUAUGACAGUUUUCUGGACGUGGUUUUGGGAAGGGAGACCCCGCGGAGGGGGGCCAGCCACCCAUCGGAACGUGUAGUUGCUGUGAACGAAGAGAGCGAAAAAAACGAUGCGAGAGAAGUGAAGGGGGAAAAUGUUGAUGUCGAGGGGAGUAAAGAAUAUGAUGCCACCGAUGCGGGUGUAGAAAAUACUGGGAUCGACUCAAUUGACCAAGUGGGAACUGCCGAAAUAGAAGAAAAAAACGUACAGGCGGAGGAAGCCUCCCCAGUGCUCAUCGAAAACGCGGAGGGGGGCACUCCAAAAGGGGCGAGGGACGAAAGUGCAGAAUUUUCUGCAGAAAGAUGUCUACAAACGUGUCAAGAAAAUUGCCCAGACGAUUCCAUGUCCUACCCCGUGGUAGACGAUUUUCGAGAAAAAAUAAAAAAUUGGCUAGUAAAAUUCCCAGACAUAAAUUCCGAAAAUUUGUUUUUCCACUUCUACUUCCAAAGCGAAUUGUAUAAAGAAAAAAAGUACACAUGUCAGAACUGCGGAUCUAGUGAUUGCGACAGAGAGUUAACCUUCAGACAUGUGUGUAAAAAUACAUACUGCUUCCUAUGCUAUAAGCGGGUGAGUGGACCGAUUUGCCACAACACCAAGGCACAGUAUGUCGCAUUCAAAGCGAAUGCACGAAAGCUUAUAAAUGACUUAAAAUAUAUUCACUAUCCGUACAAAAGUAUUUCCUGCUUAAACUGUUUCUCUAAUGACCAUCUGAAAUGUGGAAGGCCUCCGUACAUUUAUGCCAAGCACACGCACAAUGUUAGGAGGGAAUAUAACAGCAAGCUUGAUCCAUCCUAUUAUGUCUAUUUGAGAAAUCCAAGAAGUAUAUGGAUUUUACAUGAACCGAAGACAAAUGAGUGGAAGGGUAACAGUGACGGUGAUAAUAAUGCCCUGCGAAAUGUGCACUAUCACUCCGGUCAGAGCACAAGCAGUGGUGCCAAUGGAGGUGUCUACCGACGUGGGGACGAACAGGAAAACCGACACAAUAACAGAUAUAGCGGAGAGAAUAGCCAAGCCACAGCAAACCAGGAACGAGUCGGCGCUGACCUAUACAGCCCACACACAGACGCAAGCAAUUUUAGCAGCAAUCACAACGUGUACAUGAUAGGAGACAAGCAUUCAUAUGACAGCAGGAGACGUAAGGUAAUCCUCGCAAAGUACUCUUUUAACGAUAAUGCAGAAAGGAACAAGCCGAAGAGGAAUUACGAUACGUACGAUCCAGAUAGCCAAAAUAAUUUCCACUCGAAUAAUAAAAGACACAAAAAUGAUCCCCACCAAAGCAGUAGUUACUAUGAUUACAAAAAUAAGCAACAGGUAGGCAAUGACAAGCAUGACAACAUAAGUGAAUUCUACCCACACGGCGGGAAACAUGGUAAUAGAAAUAGAGAUAGCGAUCAGUACAGCAGUAGACAUCACAAUAAGAACAGGUACAUUCAUGACAGUAACAUUGGCGAUUACUAUAACAAUGAUGGCAGGGGUCAGGACAACAGAAACAACGGAAGGAAUCAUCCAGGCAGUUACUAUAACCUAUAUAAUGGGACCAAUGACGGCGCCAAGGGAUACACGAGUGGGCAAAUUUAUAGUUCUAGGUCAGGUCUACACAAAUUCUCGAGCGCCUCGAGUGCUCAUUUUAGUAAUCCAAGAAGUAGUUCUGCCAUGGAGCCAAAUGUUAACUUACAUGUGAAUAAAAAUAACUCACACAAAAUGUACAGCAGACAUCCGAAUGAUCAACACUCUCAUGACUAUCCCAAACGCAGCCAGGGCAAAGGGGACCACGGAAAUUACAGCGUUCACAACAGUAACGUAACGCACCACAAGCACAAUGAUCACAGUGGGAACGGACCCACUAACAACAAAGGGGGAAACAUCUUCCACAAGAGCAUGUAUAAAAACGUGCACCCCGAUAGAGCCCGUUACCACGACCACCGAUAA